AUGAACGACUACGAAAUUCGAGACUUAACCGGGUCUUCUCAAAAGUCAAAUAACCAGAAGAUAUCCAACAAUUCUGGUGAAAGUGCUCAUUUUAAUGGAACUUCAGAAAACGUUAAAACUGAAUCAGAUGACGAUUCGACGUGUUCUUCUUCAUUAAAUAAAUUAUCAAAUCGUCACUCAGAACCAAUGAACCACUUGAGUGUAGGCGGUUUUGUGGCAAAAGAUUUACUUUCCUCUCUGACUAUUCCCUUGCCGCAAACAGUUAUUCGCACCUGUCAAAGCAUUGAUAUUGAUACUCCUGAUCGAUCGAGAAAUGACAAAACUCUGACUUCUUUCUUCUAUUCAUCCUGUAAAAAUCUUCUCCUUACUACUAUAAUUCCUGAUCCACUGGACCUUGUGGCUGCGGCGGUCGGUCAAUCGACCGCCCAAGCACUUUUAGUUGCACAGAUCGGUUGGAUGGUUUGUGUAUGUUGUCGUUGUUGUCUAUGUAAAUGUAUAGCAAAUGGACGAGGGGUUCGUGGACAAAAGAAACAAAUCCAAGAACCCACAAUUGCUGAUGAUGAUGGACGUGAUUUGCCAUACGAAGUACCAGGUUCCAUUCAUAUACCAAAACCUGUGUACAAUAAAAAGCUAUCCAAAUCACGAUCAUCAUCUGUCCCACAUGUAUCUGUGCCGUCACUUGUCUCGUCUAGCGCUGAUUACAAGCGAUUAUCAAUGUGGGAAACAUCGUUGAAUGUUGAAAGUGAUGUCGAACCGUUGCACACGCCGCCACUCGUUGUGGGACGGAAACUUGACUAUAUCGACAAAGAAGGCAAUAAUCCAAGUUGUUGUAGAGAAAGAGGAACGCGCAAACCUGGCUUCAGACCGCUGAGAGGAUCGGGAUCACCGCCACCACCUGACCCAUCAACUUCGACGAAAGUCGCUGUUACCUCAGCAUCAGAAGUCAAGAAGAUCAAAGAUCACAAGAAGCAGUUAAAAAAGGAGAAAGAGAAAAAGAAGAAGAUGGAUAAAAAGCAAUCAUCGAGUGGAGGAGGAUUCUUCACACGAUGGUUCGGAGGUUCGGGCAGUAAUAACAGUCAACAGAAUCUCGCAGAAGAUGUGAUCGAUGCGCGAAGCGAACGAAAAACCGCGAAACAACGCGAACAGGAGUUAUUGCAACGAUCUGAAAGAAGAUCCGGGGGAAGAACACACUCCCAUGAGGAGUAUCGUCGUCAUCAACAACCAAGCUUAAUGGUAAAUACGAAUUUUGAUGAGGACGACUAUGCAACGAUUGAUCGAGUUCGCAGAUCCAAUAAUCGAGAAAUGUCAAUGCCAGCCUCUCCAAGAAAUGUACACUUUGUGGAUGAAACAUCAGGACCAUUAAGCCGUACAAUGAACGAAUCUGCAUUUGGAGAUCGCGCUCAUUUACAGUAUCGACCACGUGCACAAAAAGGAGCCGCGGGUCCCACCACUCGUGGAGCUCCAACUUCAUCUGUUAAUCAAUUGGACGAAGCCACACUGGAUUUACUCCGUCUGUCCACGGAGCCAAGUCCUGUGCCAAGUAGAAGAGCGUUACCAAAAUCAGCGUCUUUGAGCUCAGUUCAGCAAAAACAACCAAUUAAAACAGCUGAUGGAGGUCAAUUGAAGAUUGGAAGUGUGUAUACGUGGGAUCAGAAUAGUGUAGAUACGACCACUGAUGAUGAGCGUGCAAAAGAUUUCCUAAGGGGCGACAGAUCAAGUCGGCUCUCUCCACAAUCUGAAAGAAAAAAUGAGAGACAAAUUCAAAUUCGACAACAAAGUAGUGGACCUACAAACCGUCGUGAAACAGAAAUUGAGUACGAAGAAAAACGACAAGGACCUCCAGUUGUUCGUACGACGGUCGAAGGAAAGCUUAAAAUGGAAAAAAUCGUCGGAGCCGACUUGAUUACUGUAGAUAGUUGCAUUUCAAGUGCAUGGACAGUACGAGAUACUGUCACAAAUUAUAAGAUCAAAUCCACAAUAGGAAAAAAGAGUUUGAUCCUGGAAGAAAUUAAAGACGGCCAAUCAAAAUACAAGAUAACUCUUAUCGAAAAUGGAGAAACAAAAAUGGAACGAGAAGCUAGUUUGGAUGUUCCUGAUUUUGUUAACAAGAAAGAUUACCUUGCUGAAGUGAGCAAAAAGCUGCUUAGCGAUUUGCGUGAAGAUUCUGAAUCAGUAUCGGCUCUUACACACAUUGAAGUUGAAAUUGUUGAAGAUGUUACAAAUAUUCUGAAAACCUACGUAAUCGGAGAACGUGCUGAUGAUGUUCUAGCCGAGGAGCAAUUGAGACUUCAUUACGAACAAACUGCUGACAAGACACCUUCACCAAUUCCUCUUGAAAAAGUUGAGAAGAUUUAUGUGGAUGAACUGCAAAAAGACAAGAUCGAACUUGAGGAUCCAGAGAAAGCAGAUAUUCAUUUGAUUAAGGAUGGACGUCACUUUGAAGGUGAAGGUGCUUUGAAGAGAAUUAGAAGAUUUGAAACUGAAGAAAGUAUUGAAAAGCCUACAGUAAUCCGAAUGGAACCAAGAUGUGCACAUGCAUUUGCUGAUUGUGAUGUUGCAAAGAAGGAUGAUACAUCUAACUAUACAGUUAAGAUUGCUGUUCCACUAGUCCACACUAUCACAUUCUUGUUGAAAAAAUCAAAGAUGAUGAGACAACAAAAAGCUGCUGGUUAUGAAAUGGAACAAGAAGGACAGAGAUUUGAAGAUGAGACUACGUUGAGAAGAAUCAAGAGAUACGAGACUGAAGAGGAAGAGGAGAAACAGCAUGUAGCUGUUAUCCAACACGUAGAAGAAGUCAAAGUUGCAACAAUGAAAACUCAACGAGAAGUUGAAGCAGAAGGUGGACAAUACGAAAUGUCACAAGAAGGUAUUCAUCUUCGUGGUGAGACUACUUUCAAAAAACGUGGAAAACAUCUUGAUUCUGAGUCAUCUGAAGAAAGAUUCAUGGAACGAGAAGCAGAAGGAGGACAGUAUGCAAUGCAAAUGGAAGGAGAAAGACUGCUUGGAGAGAAGAAGUUUAGAAGUAAGGGACGUCAUUAUGAAUCUGAAUCUGAAGAAUCAAUGGCUUCAUGGAAUGGUGGAUCACCAACAUUGGUUGAUUUAGUCAAGAAAGAGUCUUCUUCGAUCUUUGAAGCCACGUUUGAAACUGCUAAUAACCAUUCUCCAAUUGUAGCUGAGGUUAGAAGACCAAAGUUGAAGAAAGAAAACACUACAAUUGGAUGUACUAUUUCAAAUCAGAAAGCAACUUCAGCAAACGCAGAAUUGACAACUAAACAUGUCAACACUGAAAAGGGAUCUGGAAAGUUCCGUGAACUUGGAGAAGAACAAGCAAUGAUGCUUUGUGGAUUUGAAAAUCAAAAGAGUUCCAAAGAAGAAGUCACCGGAUCUCGUCAACAAAAGAACGAAAUCAAAGUUGCAUUUGCUGCGGGAUCAGCUGAAACUGAAAAUACCACAAUCUCGACUACAAUCUUCCAUGAUGCUGACUCAUUUGCUGUUGAAGGAUCUUCAAAAUCUGCCAACUCAACUGCCACUUACGGACGAUUCAAAGAAAUGUCAGAAGAGAAUGCUUCAAACAUGGUUUAUCUUCAGAAGAGUGAAAGUUCAAGCUCUAAUUUGAGUGGAGCAGAAACUAAGAUGAAGCAUAUACAACGCCAAUCAUCUGAAGCUCGUUUCUCCGAAUUCAAACAAGUAGCCGAAAGCUGUGCAGUCAUGAUCAAAAAUACUGGAGUUGAACGUGGAUCGACAUCUUCAACUGUCGCAGAAGCGGCAACUGAUCUUCGAAUUCGUCGCAAGGAUGCUAAAGGCGAGAUCAUCGUGUUCGUGCUCUUCAAGAGAGUAUUUGGCAACUACGUUCACGCCUCCAUGCGACUUGCUUCAUCUGGUAGUGGGCUCCUUCGGGAGAACCGGUCAGAACUACGGGAGAUGCGUUCCGAAGAGAAGAGAAGCAACAGUAUGCAUCAUGAAGAAUCUCACUAUGCUCAUAGUUCAUAUGAGCAUACAAGUGAGCAUUAUUCACAAUCAUCGUUCUAUCAUCAAGAGAGUGAUGAGCACGGCUUAGAGCCGGACCAGCAGGUUUCUAAGCAGUUGAGCAGUAUCGAAAGACAGCUUUUGAAACUAGAUGAAGUCGUUAUCGGAAAUGAAUGUACCGAUGUCGUCGAGGUGAAAGUGACCAUUAAGAAAAGGGAACAAAAUGCCAAUCAAUUGAUUGUUGUACUUGAGGAGUUAUUGGAAACUGCAAUUUGUGGAGGAAUACGAGAAAUUAAGAGAUCUAUCGUAGAUACUUCACUUGAAAGUCGAGUGAGAAAACUUGAACAAAGUUCGUUAUAUUCUAUCAUUAAAAAAUCAUCAUCAAAAGAAUCAGUUGUUCAUUGUGGUAAACCACCACUCGAAAGACAAGCAAGUCUUGAAGGAAGAUUCCGAAUGGAAGAAAGUUGGUCAGCAGUUGAAUGUAAACGACGUUCAUCUUCCAUUGAUCGUGCAUCUCUGAAACUUAGAGCUUCACAAGAAGAAGUUUGUACUGGAUUCUGGAACACUUCGAAGGGAGAAAGCACACGAAGAACAAUUCUGCAAAAGACAAAAAGUGUCGAGAGUAUGUGUUUGAAAACAAAGUCAGCUUCUUCAACAUCUAUUGACAUGUUUUCUGAUUGUCAACGAGCUACAGUAAGCCAAACAAUAUCAACCGAAAUUGCUUCUCAUAGAAGAGAAAUUGUUGCAGCUGCUUUCGGAAUUUCAACACAGUCCCUAGAACGUCUUCUGAAAUUUGUGGAAAUUAUAGAUUGGGAGAAUAUUACUAUGAAUGUCUCCCAAAAAGAACAAUUGUCAGCUAACUUGCAAGCUCUAACCAGUGCUCCAGUAAACUUAGACAUUCCGAGUGAUUUGGGAAGAAUUGUUGCUCCAGCAGAACAAGACGCCUACUCUGACCUAAUAAUGAGAGAACGUGCAGAGUCUAGAGUAUUCGCUCAGUUGAGAGCAUCUGCAGAUGAAAUUACCAUUCGUGAGGUGGCAUUGGGAUCGAUGAGUCAGUUAGAGCAGGCUGCAUUUAUGAGUCUUCUUAUUACAAGUGUCUCCAGAUGUGAUUUGAGAACAAUUGCACCGAGUAAUAUUAUUGCAAACACCGAAAUUUUCUAUGAUGUUGCUGAGGAGAAAAUGAGUGUUAGUGGAGUUAUGAAACGAGAAUCAAGAAAAGAACAUAGCUCAAAGAAGUUCACAUCUUCAAGAGAAGAAAUUAUUCAAGGAUUCUGGAAGGGAGAAAGAGAUGAAGAACGAGUUGUGAAAACAUUGAAAGAUAGAAUGGUAAGCUUCAAGCAUUCUCUUAGUGUUGAAGCUGCUUCCUCUACAUCGGAAAAUGUUUCACUGGGAAUGAGAAAGGCCGAUCAAAAAUCAGAAUUUACGAUUUCUCAAAAACUUUCUCCAAAAGAAAUUGUUUCUGAAGCUUAUGGAGUAUCUGAAAGCAAAUUGGAUCAAUUCUUUCAAGUUAUGGAGAAAAUGGAUUGGAGUAACAUCGAACUUGGUGAAAAAGAACACACGGCCCUUUCAGCCAAUAUUAGAACACUGGCGCCUGAACAGAAAGUUUGUGAUGGAAUUCUUGGAAAGCUCAAAGCUCCGAAACAACAGGAUGAGUCAGUUGGAACACAAAUACAGGAAAUUAGAAGAGCAACAGCUGUUAUGUCAGUUCGAGCAUCACUUCUGUUGACUAUUUCCAGUAAUUCCAAUUUUUCCAAAAAUAUUUCAGACUCUGAAAAAGCAGUGUUCUCUAAUCUUAUCAGUGUGAUUACUUCUCACAAUUUGUCAACUAUUGGAACAUCAUCUGAAACUACAACAGCUUCUAUCAGCUACCAAGAUAUUCCUGAAAUGCUUGCAGCUUCCAAACUUUGGAUUUCAAGAAAUUCUGAGAAAUUGAAAAAAGAAAUUCGCGAACCCGUCAUUCAAACAGUUGAAUCGUUCUGGAAUACAACUAAUGAUCAAGAAAAGGUCGCUGUAUUAUUGAACGAAAAGAUUGAUUCGAUUUACAGUUCUCUCAAUACAUUAGCUGCAAGCAUGGAAAAUGAAAUAAUUUCUCAAGAAUUAGUUAGACACACUGAAAAUGCUGGAAAGGUUAACAUUAAGCCGAUCAGUCCAAGAGAACUUGUAUCUUCUUCAUUUAAAAUUACAAGCAGCGAUCUUCAACAAUUUUUCAAUGUAUUGGAGAAAAUGGAUUGGAGUCAAAUCAGUUUACCUGCUCAAGAGCAUGCAAUUAUUUCAAAGAAUGUCAGAAGCCUUGCUCCGUCGGCAUCUGAGUUAUCCAACAUUUUAGGAAAACUCAGAGCUCCUGAAAUGCAAGAAGAGACAACAGACUUAAAGAUUCGUCAAGCUCAGCAAGCACGUGUAGUUCUAAAUGUAAGUGAGAGUAUGAGUAAUACAAUCAGCUCUUCUGAAACUUUUUCAAGAAUUCCUGAAAACAAAAAAGCUACGCUUACCAAUCUUGUGGGAAUCAUCACAACUCAAGAUUUGAGCACACUUGGAGCUUCAUCUGAAAAUCAAACGAUUGAAAUGGACUACACCGAGGCAAAAGAAGAAUUGGAAGCUAGCAAGAAACUAGUAGACAAAAAUCUAUCUGUAUUGAAAACAGAAAUUCGUGAAAGCGGAGAUGAAGUUGUGCAAGGAUUCUGGAAUACAGCUUCAGAUAAAGAAAAAGUUGGAGCAAUCAUUUGUGAGAAGCUCAAGAGCAUUCAUCACACUCUUCAUACCCAUGCGAUCAGAACUGUAACUGAAAGCCUCAGCACAGAUAUUCAAAAAGAACAACAAAAACUGUCUACACAUCACUUUGUAAAAUUAUCGACAAGAGACGUUGUUCAGGCAGCAUUCCGUAUUUCCUCCGAAUCGGUAGAUCAUCUUCUGACAUUGGUUGAAAAAAUGGAUUGGAGUAAAAUUGAUCUUGUCGAACCAGUUUAUUCAAAUAUUUCAUCAAAUGUACAAGCACUUGCAACAUCUUCGUCACAAUCAUCAGGAAUUCUUGGCAAGCUGUUACCUCCAGCACCGGAAGAAGAAACUACUUCCAAAGAAAUACGCGAAAUUAACACGGCUAAAUGCAUUCUGAAUGUUAUUUCAUCUUUAAACUCUACAAUCACAUCAGAUGCCUCAUUGGAUAUGAUUUCAGAAAGUGAACAAGCCAUUUUCUCCAAUAUCAUCGGAGUGAUGGCAUCAAAUAAUCUCACAACAUCUUCUCAGUCAACAAGUUCAUCUUUCGGAUUUAAUAAUGUUUUUGAACUAUCUGAAGCCAGGCGUGUUCUACAGGAAUCUAACAAGCAGAAUCUGAUCCAAAAAGUUCGAGAAUCUUCAGAAGAACUCAUUCAUGGAAUUUGGAGUACUGCUUCUGAAACGGAAAAAGUGGCUAUUGUUGUCAAAGAGAAACUGGAAACAGUUCACCAAGCAAUGAAAACAUUAGCAAUUCAAAUGGCUACACAAUCAGUUAACUCGGAAUUAAUUGGAUCUGAGGGAAAUCUUGCAUCUAUCAAAAGUAUUACUCUGCCAACUCGGGAAGUCAUAAGUGCCGCAUUUGGUAUUUCCAAUGAAGUUAUUCAAAAAAUGUUGGAAGUUCUUACGAAAGGGGAGUGGAGCACAAUUUCUCUUCCACAAAGUGAGUAUGAAUCAAUUUCCCAAAAUGUUCGUGCACUCGCUGAGCCAUCUUUUAACUGUGACAGUAUUUUGGGUAAGAUCAAUGCGCCAGGACCACAAACAGAAACAACCAGUCAUGAAUUAAUCGAAAAAAAUACAGCAGCAGCUGUUGCUAAUGUGAAAGCUGCUGUGGAAUCAGUCAUCUCGAAGGAGUCAUCAUUGGCAAAACUACCAGCCGACGAAAAAGCAAUUAUUACAAACUUGGCCGGAUUGGUUCUUUCUAAAGAUGUCUCUUCAUUGUGUACCAGUUCAGAAACAUUUGGAUUUGAUCAGAGAAUAUUCCGCAAUCAAAAUGCCAAUAUUUCUCUGGGAGCUGUGAGAUCGGAAACACUCUUGCAAAGACUACGAGAACCAAUAGAAAACCAGGUACAAGGAUUCUGGAGUACAGCUUCAAAUCAAGAAAAGGCUUCAUUUAUUGCAAAGCAGAAACUGGAUACCAUGUAUGACACAAUGAAAGUGAUCGCGAUCCAAAUGAUUUCUCAAACAAUAGAUGGAGACUUCUCAAGUGCCAGUAUUAGUUCCGAGACUUUCAAAAAUAUUGAUAAAGCUGCAAGAGAAGUGGUUGCUGCUGAAUUUGGAAUUGCAAAUGAAAGUGUUCAAAAGGCAUUGGAAGUUUUGAACAAAGUUGAAUGGAGUGACAUCUCUCUACCAGAAAAACUGCAUCAGAAUAUUUCAAGUAAUGUGAGAGUUCUUGCGGACUCGUCAUAUAACUGUGACAGUAUUAUUGGAAAACUGAAUGCACCUGAGCCCCAGUCUGCUUAUGUAGAUCAACAGAUUUCGGAACACCAGACGUUGGAAGUUAUUGCUAAUAUCAAAUCAGCUGUGUCGUCUGUCAUAUCAAAUGAUUCAGUUUUGUCAAAACGAUCAGAAGAUGAGAAAGCCGUGAUCUCAAACAUUGCCAAUUUGAUUAUCUCAUGUGAUUUGGCAUCAAUGAGCAGUACAUCCAAUUCAUUUGAGUUUCAACGAGAUAUUCUUGAACCUCAAAAUGCUAAUGUUCUACUUGGAACUCCAGCGUCCCAGGUAUUUACCAGAAACCUUCAAGAGCCUAUUCAAUCAGAAGUUCAAGGUUUUUGGAGUACCAACUCCUCACAGGAAAAGGCUUCGCUUGUUAUUAGGCAAAAAUUGAAUGUUAAAUAUGAUGCAAUGAAAAUGAUGGCAACCGAAAUAGCUUAUCAAUCAUUAAAUUCAAAUAUUACAUCAGAAGAAACCAACUUGGAGUCCCAGAAAAGUUUCGAUAAAUCAAUCAGAGAAUCAAUUAUGGCAUCAUUUGGAGUCUCUAGUGAACAUGUUCAGAAAACAUUAGAGAUUCUCUCCAAAUCUGAAUUGAGCACAAUUGUUUUACCGGCUGUUGAAUAUGAAGCGACAGUACAAAAUAUCAAAGCGCUUUCGGAACCAAACUUCAACUGUGAAAGUAUCCUAGGAAAACUUAAUGCACCAGAUCCACAAUCAGCAGUAAUGGACAUAAUUAUGAACGAACAAAGAAAAUUAACAGUUGUCUCCAACAUACAGUCAGCCAUUGAAUCGGUAAUUUCGAAUGACUCAUCUCUUGAAAAACUUACGGAAGUUGAUAAAUCUGUGAUUCUUAAAAUAUCUGAAAUUAUCGUUUCUCAUGAUUUGACUGCACUGAGCAGUAGCUGUUCAGAUUUCAAUCUGCUUCAAGAAUCAAAUACUCAAGAAAAAGCAGACAUAUUCUUAAAAACUCCAAAUUCUCAAAUGCUCAUUGAACGUCUCCGCGAGCCAAUCGAAAAGCAAGUACAAGGAUUCUGGAGUACUGCAAGCAAUUCUGAAAAGCAAGAAAUGUUCCUGAAAGAAAAAGUUGAAACAAUUCAUGCAAUGCUUCAAACAUUCUCAGCUUCUCUGGUUAGUGAAACAGUUCAAAGAGAUUUUAUGGCAACUGUACAGAGCCUUGCUGCUCUUCGUUCAAUCCAAUUGACACCUCGAGAAAUUUUAUGUGCAGCAUUUGGAAUAUCAAAUGAACAAAUCGAACAAACAUUCCGCGGUCUCGAUGAAGUUGACUGGAGUCAUAUAGAUAUUCCGUGUGCACUCAGAGAUAAUUUGUUAGUCAAUCUGAGAAUUGUAAAUGCUGAUGCUCCAAAUGUGUUUGGAAAUUUGAUCAGUCGUCCAGAUGAAAACCAAGAAACGUCUACGGUUCUUGAAGAAAAAAAUCGCAUUCAAUUCUUACUAAAUCUCCAGAGAAGUUUAGAUCAAACGGUACAAAUGACGUCUUCGCUUACGCGAUCAGAUGAGAGAAUCGAAGUUAAAGUUUCCAAUAUAAUCUCUUUGAUUUCUUCCGAAAAUCUUGGAGAUCUGAUAUCACAAGCCGUUCAACUUGCUCAACCAAAUAUGUCUGAUGAGACAGAAAAAUCAUUUGAAAUUCCAAGAAACAUCCUUCUUAACAGAGUUGUGCCAGAAACAUCGGAAGAAUCGAUUCAAUCAUUCUGGAAGACAUCUCAACUUGCUGAAGAAGCUUCGUCAACUAUUUCUGAAAAGCUAUCAAUGUUGCAAUCAGAAUUUGUAGUCUCUGCUGCAAAACAAGUUAGUACAUCUCUCACAUUGGAUUACCGGCGAAAGAUUUUCAAUCAAAAUUCGGAAAUUAUAUUCGGUGAUCUGACAAGAGAUGUCGUCAAGGCGGCUUUCUCAGUAUCAGACGAAACAUUAAAUACAUUAUUCUCGCAAUUGGAGCAAUCGGAUUGGAGUCAGAUCAAGUUAUCUUCCAAGCAAAAAUCUAUAUUAUCUGCUAACAUAAAAUCUCUCGCAACAUCUAAUCUAGACACCCUCAUUGGACAACUGAUGCCAAGAGAAGCAGAUUCGGAGCAGAGUGAAGCUUCAUUGUCUGAACGAAGCAGUGUAGAAAUGGAGAACACUUUCAAAAUUCAACAAAUUAUUUUUGAUACAGUUGUACGAAAGUUUGGAUCCGAUGAAGAAAGGGCAUCAAUAAUAAAUCUCAUUGGUCUGCUGACUUCUGUUAAUUUGAAGGCAGCUAUCCAAGUUGCUUCUUUUGAAAGACUACCUGAUUCACUCGAUUCUACAGCUUCAAUCACUCCAGUCUUCAAGAUUCAAGAACAUGUCCGUCAGCCGACUGAACAGGUUGUUCAAGGAUUCUGGUCAAAGGAAAGACAUCCAAAUGAAACCGUGGAAGUUGUGAAUAGAAAAAUUGAGGUGCUGAAGAGUAUUUUGAAUUGUUAUGCUGUUGCUGAAUGCCAUAAGAGUUUGGAGAGAAGCCUGGAGAAGCCUUCUCAGCAAGAUGAAACUUGUGCGACCCGAGGAGUUACAGAAGUUGUUCAGAAUGCGUUUGCUGUAACGGAACAAUCGUAUUCCAAGAUUCUGAAGGUUUUAGGAUCAAUGCAAAACUUUGAAAUACCAGAAGCAGUAAAAGAAACCAUUUCAAAAAAUUUGAAAAUUCUGAAUUUGCCACCAGUCGACACAUUAUUGGUAUCAAAAUAUAAAGAAUCACAUGUCAGCAAGACAGUCGAAGAACAAGAAUUGGUUCAGUUCAUGUUUAAUUUCAAAUCGGCACUCAAUUCUGAAAUUGAAAUGUCACAAAAUGUUUCAAAAUGCAUUGAAGAGGAAACAGUCGUUCUUCCCAACCUUGUAGCUAUUUUAGCUUCUGCGAAUCUUGCUACAAUUGUUCCUACUGAGAGCAGACAACUUUCCGAUUCAGAAAAUAUUCUCAAUUUCUCGAUACAACACGAAGAAUCCGAGCGAUCAGCUGCCACAGUCCGUGAUGAAAUAAACAUUCUAAGGCAUUAUCUGCAAACAUUUGCCAUUCAAAAGGCAUCUUCAGAAGUGAGCAGAGUAAUAGAAAUCAUUAAAACUUCUCAAAGUUUCCAUUUGGUUCACACGACAAUGCUUGAAGAAAUUAAGACUAUUCAACUUCGGAUGGAAGUUCUCAAGAGAGUUUCAAUGAAUCAGUCAACUGCUGAAGAAUUACUUCAAGAGGCGUUCCAAAAUAGUGAACAACAAAUGGAAACAUUCCAAAGAAUUGUGCAAAAUGUUCAUUGGGAAGAAACAAAGCUUACAGAGGAAAUCAUCAGAAAUUUGAGAAUUAAUAUGACUGCGAUUCCAAGAUUCGAAAGCACAGUAGGAAGCUUGAAGGCUCCCGAUGAUCAACACGAGUCUGCAGAUUCAUACAUUUCAUCAACAAGACGAGCAGAAGCUGUUAUAAAUUUGAUGGCAGCAGCUGAUAACGCUAUUUCAACAUCAUCCACCUUAUCAAUGAUGGAAUCGGAUGAACGUCUUCUUCAUAAAACUAUUCUGAAAACGAUGGCUGUUUGUAAUCUGACAACUCCUGCUUCAAGAUCUGAAACAGAAACAAUGACUCAAGGAUUCUAUCAGAAAGUGGAGCAGUGUCAAACAGAACAAGAAUUAGCUGAACGACCUAAAAUAAAUUGUGAAAUGAAAGUACUUGAAAUUUCUGAUGACGAAGUUCAUGGUAUCUGGUCAAGUCGUAAAGAGCAAGAAUCAUCACAAAAGAUUCUUUUGGCAAGUGAACUUGAAAAAGCAACACUUCAAACAUUGGCAAGUGGCGAUGAAACGAAUUCCAUUUAUACGGAACUUGCAUCAUUCGGUACCCGAGAAGAAAUUGAGAAGUUGGUUUCUAUCGAGCUUCGUGAUAUUGUAGAAAAAAGUUUUGGAGUAUCAGAGGAAAGUUUAAACAAACUUCUUAAUUUGAUUCCAAAAAUGGAUUGGAGCAGUUUGACGAUGCCAAUUGUCCAAAAAGAAUUGGUUAUCAAAAAUCUGGCAUUGCUUUUACCUGCCGAGGCUCUAAUCAUGGAAUCGGUUGGCACGAUUCAGGCACCACCAGAAGAGGAAGCAUUCGCAGAGUUGGAUUUGAAACAAGCAAGAGAAGCAAAAGUUAUGAUGGAUAUUCAGGAAUGCGUAUUCACAACAUGUACAGGAUACACUGAAAUGAAUAAACCAGAUGAUGCUGAAAUUACCACAUUCUCUGCUCUUCUUGGUACUCUGUCAAUCUGUGAUCUCGUGACAAUGGCCUCUUCAAAUAUUCAAGUUGACAGUAAAUAUGACUACUAUAGACGGCCAGCUCCAAAAAAUGCAGAGACUACAUUCACAGAAUCCAAUGCAGAUGCAUUUUCAUUGGCUCUUCAAGAAGCUGGUGAGGUUACAUCUUCUGGUAUUUGGAGUACGGUUUCAAACUCAGAUGCUGCAAAAACUACAGUUUCUGACAAGUUGAUUUCUAUUUCUAAAACCGAAAUGUCUAUGAAGGCAGUCAGUGAAAACGCUGUAAAUCAGGAUCACUCUUUGAAGAAAGAUUCCAUCGAAGCAGUAGAGAUGAACAUUCCGGAUUCGCGAAAAGAAAUUCUUCAGAAAAACUAUUCAAUUGAUCGAUCAAACUCUACUGUUGAAAUGCAAGGAGCAAUUGCAUCGGAAGACAUUGCAAUUCAAUAUUCAGCUCCUCGAGUUGACAAUGUUUCUCAAACAAUGAGAUCACAGAGUCAAAAAGAUUUAUUAUUUGGAGGAAGUUUCGGAGAACUCGAACCACCACUUCCACAAGAAGAAGACGUGGAAACAACUGCUCGUCAGAGCAGAGUGUAUAGAUCCUCAAGUCAAGUUCGUGCUCCAUCAGAAGAAUCCAUUCAGAAAACUGAAGCGUUGAGAAGAUCAGAGUCGUUGGAAUCAAAUGCUAGAAAAACUUUUGUGGAUAGAAGACGAGAAAACGUUUCGCUAAGUCGAAAGGCAUCCGUUGAAAGAGAGACAAACAUGGAAGCUCGUGUUGCAAAAGCUGAUCAAUCCAUUCCAGUCGAGACUCUUCAAAAAUCCAAAAAGCAGGAGUCAAUAUUUUCUUCAGUUGUUGAAUCGAAGGAUUUGAAUGUAUGUGGAAGCUGGACAACAGCUAAACCACCAAUUGGUGCAAAGGUUUCCCUUCAAACUAAAAAAGUAGAAAAAGAGGUCACUUCAGCCACGAUGACGGUAGCUAGUGCUAGUGUUGAGUGUGAAGUAGGACUAGAGAGUAAGAGAGAGCAAAGUCGUGAUGCUACAGGCUCAAUGGUUCGUGCAAAGAGUAUCGAGGAAGUGGAAAGAGAGUUCGGAGUGGAAGUUACAUCAACAGAGAAAACUCUUGAAAAGAGGGAUCAGAUCGAAUCAUGGAUUAAGAGUAUUCCUCAGAGAUUGGAAGUUGAAGAAAGUGCAGAAUUUGGAAACGAUGAAGUAAUAAUUGGAGGUGUAAUGGGAAGUCUGGAAGCUCCACUCGAACAAGAAGAAGAAACAGAGAAAUUGUUGACUAUGAAGAGAAGUGCCAGUGAAGCUAGAAGCUUGAAAGCUGCUACUAAAGAAUCAAUUGAAGAGGCAGAUGAAUUCAGUAAAAUUGAAGCUGACCAAGAAAUUCUUACAGUUCAAAAAGAACUUGUGAAAGCAACUGGAAUUUUAAAUGCUGCUGCAUCCAGAGAAAUCAAUGCAAGUUCAAAAAUGGAAUAUUCAAAGGUUCCGUCGGAAGAUGUUAUUGAAUUGAGUUUGACAGAAUCACGACGUCAAUCAAAUUCUGGACAGUUCAAAGAAACAAAAGAAGAAGAGAUCGUUGGUCUUUGGAAUACUGGAACAAAAGGAGAAAAUGCUUCGAAAGUUCUCCCACACAAGCCACCAAUUGAUACCGCUUCGAUGAAGGCAAAAGCUGCAAAACAAAACUCAAUUGAGAUGACAGGAAGUCUUCAAAAGUCACCGUCAGCUGAAGCAAUGGGAAUUGUCUCCCAAAAGGUCACGGAAGGUGCAAAUAGUAAAUUUGGAAUUGCUCAGGGAGCUGUCGAAACAACUCUGACGGCUUCUGCUCAAUCUGGAGUUACAUGUCGUGAUAUUAGUGUCUCAAAUAUUGGAGUGGCUUCAGAAACAGUCACACAGUUCUCAAAUAAGGAAACUGGAAUUGGAUUCGGUGCUUCAAAUUUGAUUGCUCCUCCUCCAGAAUCGGCUGAAACGGAAUUCACCGGAAAAAUAUCGAACCUUUCACAGACAUCACUUAACAAAAUGGCAGCUAGUGAUGUGGGAACUACAGUUGAAUCAAAAAUUCAAGCUCCUGGAGAUAACUAUGGAGAUGUGUCUCUUCUACAAAAAGUUGCAUCUUCUGAUGCAAUUACAAAAGCAAUGCAAGCGUCUAGAGAUUCAGCCAUAAGUGUUGAUUUCAGACAAGACCGAGAAACAGUUUCCGCUGAAAAGAGUGACUUAAAUUUCAAAUCUACAAAUUCGGAAACUCAAAAACUUAAACUUUUUGAAAGUAAAGAAGAGGAGAGUGGUAUUUUCAUCCGGUCUAGUCACGAAUAUGAAGAAACUCAAAAGACUUUGAGACAUCGUAGUGCUUCCCGAGAAUCUGCUAGUCGUACUGUAACUGCCCCAACUAACCAGGAAGUUCAGAUGAACUUUGACAAAAAAGUUGAAGAUUCUGUAGCUGAAGGCUCAUUGAGCAUAGGAAUUGUGAGAGAGUCGUCGCAAAGUGAGGUGAUGCAACACGCCGAACGGACAAGCGAACUGACUAAACUUUCAAUGAAUGAAGAAGUUGCAGGAGUUCGGGCUGUUAGUGAAACAACUAAUGAAACAUUCAGAGGAUAUCAACAAGGAGAUGUUGAAGUUCAGACUGGAGCUGCUAUGGGAAGAAUUGAAGCACCAAGGCCACAAAGAGGAGAGGCUGAGAUAACUCAGAAAUUGAGAAGAACAUUGAGUGUCGAAAGAAGUGCUAAGGCUAGUGAAAUGGCUGAAUCACAGACUGUUACUCAAAUCCAAAAAAGAGAAGACUCUUUGGCAUCUGAAUAUUCAGUUCGAGAUACUCUUUUAUUGAAAUCUUCAAGUGUAAGUCAUGUUGCAACUGAACAAAUGUCCGAACAUUUGGUCAUGAGAAGCAAGAGUGAGCAUCAUAUCAGUGAGAAGCUUCAAGAACGAUUAAUUGAGAAAGAAUCAUUCAGUUCUCAAGAGUUUAUUAGUGAGAAUCAAGGAGUUCAUACUCACUGGGAUGUCAUUGAUAACAAUGGUGAUGCUCUCAUAUGCUGGAAGUCUUCUGAAACUGAACAAAAAUCAUUGGAUGCUAAGCAGGUUACUGAAGAAUUGGCAGGAACAACUCUUGACUUGUCAGUAAGAUUACUUGGUGGAACGGAUGAAGAGAAGAUCGCAGAGCAUGUGAUCGUCGGAGCAAGUGAAGUUCUCAAUAUUUCUGAAACGAGAGCUGAUAUGGAAAUGUCAAGACAAGAUGCAUUCUCUGAUGAUGCUACUUAUGUUGCCUCAGAUAUUCUCGAAGAACGAAGUCUUUCAACCGUUCACGAAUUUGGAGAAUCAGAAGCAUCUACAACAUUCGGAGUUGGAAAGCUUGUUACGAAAAAGCCAGAAAAAGAAGAAGUUGGCCGAAGUUUCUCUGAAACACGGAAAUUGUCUCAGUUCUCUGAUAUUACUGCCAUUUCUGAAACUACUACUGAUAUGGAUAGCGAGAUUUUGAGACUUCCAGAAUGUGAUCAGAGUGUCACUUUAAUUUCUCACAAGAAUCAACAGAAGGAUGUGAAAGAUCUCAAAGCGACAGUGGAAAACACUGCUGAUCAGGUUACGUUAUUGGAGAAAAGAGAAGUUAGAGAACAAUCUGCUGAUGUUAAGAAGAAGAAGUUCGAAGUUGAAGAUAUUGAAGAAGUUCUUCCGAUGAUCCGAAGAUGGGCUGAAAUUUUGAGCAUGAAAGCAUCAACAAGUGUCGAAAUUCAAGCUGAGAAUAAAUUAUCUAAACCUGAAGCUCAAGCCGAAAGCCAGAAAUAUUUGAAAACUGCUAAUCUGGAAAUUAAUAAGAUCAAUGUAAACGCCACUCACGAGGAAGUCAUGUCAGCUACUACUGCCUUAGAAUGCAAGACAUCUGGACAAGAUGUUGCUUCAAUCCGACUUCGUGACAAAUCAAGAGAACGUGUUGAAAAGAAAUAUCAAGAAAAUCAAUGGAACUUGUUGUCAACAAAUGCAGAAUGGGAAACUCUCUUGAAUGAUCUUGAAGAUUCUGUUACAAUUGCUCAAAGUGUUCAAGAUUCAAUGGCAUUCUCUGUUAAAGCUUCAGCGACUGUUAACUUGAACAGCGACACUUCCAUCAAAAAAGCUCAACCAGAAAUUGGAAUUCAAAAAUCUAUUUCUCAAUCCAACGUUGAAAAAACUGUUGGACAGUUCAGUAGUGCAACUAUUGGAAAUGAACUUCUGGUCACCAGACUUGGAAUGGAUUUGGAAGAAAUUGAGACACUAGUUGAUGAGAUUAAUCGAGAGCAAGCUGUUGGUGGCAGAAUUCGAGAAUUCGGAAAAUCAGAAACUGGUGGAGGAAUAUAUUUAGUCAGAAGAGCUUUACCUAAAGUCAAAGAAACUUCUACACAUACUGUGACCGUAGCAACAAGUUUCCGUCAAAUCUUUUCAACGAUGAGUGCCGGAGAUGAAAUCAGUGAAGCCAAUGUUGAACUCACAAUUCCAAGUACUUCUGUCGGAGCUGAAAUUAAGAGCACAGUGGCUAGAAGUGAUUCGAUGACAUUCUCAACAUCACAUGCAUCUGAAUAUACUGCUAGUACUGUAGCUGACUAUGCUCGUGAUAUUGCAGUAUCAGCAUCAACUGCAGCACGUAAGAAGGCGAUUCCUACAGAAAGAACAAGUCAAAAGUUGAAAGAAGUUGGUGCAGAUGGAAUUGAGAUUCUUUCCCUUUGGGAAGGAAUUGAAACUGAUUUAGAUGCAACAACUCAACUUGUUGAUCUUCUUCGUGUCAAAUCAUCUCUUCAAACUAUUGAAUCAAGUGAAGAAGUUGAGAGAAUCAAUCAAUAUUUAGAGAUGCCAGAAGAAAAAGGACUAGUUAUUCAUCUGAUAAAUGUUCAAAAUAAGGAAACUUGUGAACGAAACUUUGCCGUUUCGAUUUGCUCUUUGGAUACUGUUCACUCUAGGAAAUCUGAGAUACCACCUACAUAUUCUGUGAGCAAAGUGUUGACCGAGAAGCGUGUACUUCGUGAGACGUGGCGAGUGAUAGAGAGUGGUGAUGUGCGAUUCAACGCUGUCAUCAAUUUGCAUAGAUACAGUUUAUCGAAACCGACACUGGCACAAGAGACGGUGCUUCGGGAGGUUGUACGAAUUGCAGCUCAACCAUUAUUCAUAUCAGCAGAGCCAACCUACAUGAGAACAAAAGAAUCAAGUGAGGAUAUCGUUGGAGUUGGUAUAGCCUAUAAUGUUCCAGAAGAGAAUUUGAUAUCAGCUAUCAAGCUUGAUGAAAAAGCUUCAGGAGGAUGUUAUGAACUAACAACCAAAGCUGCCGGAGAUGAAUACAAAAUGAUAAGCUCGAUUCUUUCGAAAACUCAAGCUGUUGAAAAAGUUAAAGGGAAAAUGAUUCAGAAGGUGGUUGCAAAGGAUGAAAUUCGUGUUCUGGAGACUACAACAGAGUCAGUGAAUGCUAACUUCAACUACGAGAUUCCGGAAGAAAACUUCAAGAUUGGAAUUGCAAAAACAUGUGCAAACAAUGCUGCUCCAUUCACUAUGAGACUUCAUGAAUGCCUUGAUUUCUAUGUCAAAAUGUUCUAUAAUAUGAACAAGAAAGAUGACUUUGAAUCUCUUAUCAAAACGAUUAUCAUAUCAAAUGGAAUUGAAUCAAAAACACUUUCUUGUACAGCUGCAGAGCAUAUUGAAGCAACUAGAAAUCCAGAAUUCAAUCGACCAGCAGAAUUCUCUGAUAUUCAAAAAACGGUUGUAGACUAUAACAAGAUUGAAGGUGCAUCAUUGAACACUUUUGAAGCUUUAAACGAGAAAAUGGCAUUAUCAACAAUGCUCAGUAGACAAGACGACUAUUCUCGUGUAGAACAUAUUGUCAAAGACAAGAAUCGUGGAGCCAAUCUAAAAUUUAGAUUUAUCGAAUCCAGUGAAGAGAAACAGACUACAUUUAGUGCCUUUGAGAUUGACACAGAAAAAGAGGAAAUCGAACGAACGAUUGAUUUGGUUCGUCAGGGUGGACAAUUCAAAUUGUCGACCGACGCAGCCGAAGAGAACGAAAUCACUUUGCACCGUGACAUAUCGAAGCCGAUUAUCACUCAUUACGACACUUUGCACCUUAUCACGCUUUCGAAUUCUGCACCUCACCAAAUUUUGAGCACCUCUGGAGCAUCAAAUGAGCUUCAUACUAUCUCAACUCAACUGUCGAAACCGGCUGAAUGGCUCAACACCGAACUGCUUAUUGUCGACAAAAAUGUUGAGCAACCUGUGACGUGGCGCGUGUUGGAGUGUGAAGAGUGUGUUGAGAAUUUGCACCCGAUCUACCGUAGACCUGACGACAUUUUCGAUUUAGAUGAAAUAUGGCAUAUCGCGAGAAAUGGUGGAAAGUUCGAACGACGAUGCAAAGCAAGUGGCGACGAGAAGGAGAUCUUUGAACAAGAAAUCAAAAGUCGCGGAAUUAAGGAUGAUAUCAUUGAUAAGAAGUUUAUUGUUGGAAAUCAAGGUGAACCAACAUCAUUCACAACGAUUCAAACAUCUUCAGUGUCUGCAUCGGUUUCUCAAGACAUGAGCCGAUUGGGAGAAAAAGAAGCAAUCAAAAAGGUUCUUCAAAACUCUAAUAAAGGUAUCAAUGUGGAGAAGAAGAUGAUUGAAGCUACUGAAUACAGGGAGACUAUUAGUGAGCAAUUCAGAAAGAACGAUGAGUUUGAUAAAGCUGAUCUCACUGUUAAGGACCGUCGUGCGGGAGGAUCUUAUGAACUUUCAACAAAUGCAUCUGAACAAAGUUCUUCAAGCGUUUCAAAUGAGCUCAUUUGUCCUAGACCAAGUCAACUUUCAAUUGAAAAGACAUUCAUAACAGCUCAGACAAUUAUUCCUGCAAUAUUAAGCUGCAAAGCUUCUGAAUCAAUUGGACAUACAAUCUCAGAACAAUGGAAUCGUCCAAAUGAUCAAUUUGCUAUUUCACAGAUUGUGAAGGAUUGUAACAAAGAAAACGAGCAGUUUACAUUCCGUGAAGCUGGGGAAGAAUAUCACACAACAAAUUGCUUCUACACUCGAGAACAAGAAGAAAAGGUUAUUGCUAAAACAUUGCAUGAAGCUAGAAAAGGAAGUGGACAGACUUUCGAGACUAAACAUGCAACAGAUAGAUCAAUGGAUGCUUCUCAACAUCUUGAAAAGGAUCGACUGGCCGAAGCAACUGCUGAGAAACUUUUCGUUAUUGGAAAUACCGCUGGACCAGUAUCUUACAGCUCGAAAUCUUCUUCAGAUAUACAGCACAGUCAAGUUGUGAAUCUGUCGCGGCCAUCUCCAUAUGUUCAAGUUGAGAUUAUUAGGAAAGGAGCUAAUCUUGGAACACCCACCUACUUCCAUGCUCGAGAAACAACGUCAAAAACCGAAAAUGUGGCAACCCAGCUUAGCAGAAAAGAAGAGAAAAUGGAAGUAUCAACAACACAUACAACUCCAUUGCUUGCUGAGCCAGUUACUUUUGAUUCAAAUGCUUCGAAAUCUCAUUCGACUAGUUUGGAUAAAAAUCUUGUAGCAUCUGAAGACUAUGAACUUGAUGCAGUUGUUAUUAUUGUUGAUAAUAACACCGAGCAACCACAAUUCUUCCGUUGUUCAUGCACCAAGGAAGCUUCAACAUCUGCUGCCGCCGCCCUUUCUGCAGGAUCAAAAUCUGAAAGUUGUAAGAUUGUGCGUUUAGCUUCAAAUCUGGGUCACCCAACCAGUCUUGUUUUGUGUGAGAGCAGCUCGGUGCAGGAGACCAACAAUGUGCACUAUCAGCGUGAUGAGCACCAUGAGCACAUUUCAGAGACAAAGUCGUAUCCGAGAGAUGGUGGCAAAUUUACGUUGGACACCAAAGCAAGUACUGCAAACGAAGUUCGGAUUGAUAAGGAUUUGGAGAAGAAGUCUGAUCGAGAACUCGAAACUGAGAUAAAGACGAUAGUCAGGAAUGAAGGAGAGCCUGUCGAAAUCUUUGUGUCCGCCACUGAAGAAUCUGCUGCAGGUGUGACAACAAGUCUUUCAAGAGCAAAUCCAUUUGAAUCAGCGAAUAUUUUGUUAACUUCUCCCAAUAAAGGAGAACCUGCAUACUCAAGAGUUACAGAAAGCUCAGAGCUCACAGAGACAAAUAAUGUACAGUUACGACGGGAAGAAGAACAUCAAGAAACGGAGAAAAUUAUCGAAAUUGCUGCAAACGGAGGAUCGUCUCUUCUCCGUGCUGGAUUUGCCGAUGAAAAGUUUGCUGACAUCGAGGCAAAAUUGGGUAAAGAUGCACAAUUUGAAUCUGCCCAAACUAUUCGUCAAAUUGGCAACGAAGAUAAAACCAAUUUAUCGAUUGGUGCAAGUCAAGAAACUUCAGUCACUUUCGAUGAAACAGUUCAAUGCAAUAAGAGUUCUUGUGAAGAAACUUCCAUAACCAAAGUGGCUAAGAACAUCGAACCACAUGUUAUCUUCAGAAGUACGGAAGCUUCUGAUAUGGCUGUUGGAAUUCAUUACACUCUUCGAAGCAGUGAAAAGGUGGAAGAAACUGAAGAAAUUAAGAAUAUUGCUAGAAAUGGAGGUUCUGCAACAUUCUCUUGCUUUGCUUCUGGAGACGAAUCUCCAGACAGUGUCAGUGCAUUCUUGACAAGGCAACCACAAGAGGAGACUACAGAAAAACUGUUCCCAACCCCAAUGUUCGAUUUUAUAAAAUUCAAUUCAACUGCUGCGGAAGAGUUCGCAGUCUGGAACACUACAAUCUUCAGAAGGAAAGAUAAUGAAGGAGAAGUUGAGAAGAUAUUUAACACUUCUGAAGCUGGACACAAUGAAACGUUCUCUGCAAAUGCAGCUGAGGACGUGUCUGUUACUUUGGAUGCCGACCUACAUUUCGGUGUCGGUUACAAAGAACACAGACAAAUCACGAAAGACGAAGCCAAUCAGGGAGAAGGUACCGGAAUGCAUUCAGGUGCAUCUGAGGAGACCAUCUUCAAUUUGGGAUAUGAUUAUUGUAAACAACCGACCGAAUUUACAACUGUCUGCGUAACCGAAGACAAACUUCUCAUACAAGGAGCUUAUGGAUUCCGUGCUGCAAAAGAGGAAUCAAUUACUUUGGAUGCUGAUCUUCACUUCGGUGUCAAUUAUAGAGACUUGUUGGCAAUGGGAUUGCAUGCUUCUAACAAUGAAAUUGAAGGUACCGGUAUGCGUUCCACUGCAUCCGAAGAAACUAUAUUUAACCUGGCAUACGACUACUGCAAGCAACCCACUGAGUUCCGCACUGUCUUUGUCUCUGAAGACCAUCAAUUUGUUCACGGCGCGUUCGGUUUCCGAGCAGUCGGUGAAGAGCACAUUGAGACCCAAGUGCUGGAACUCCAAGCACGCAUGGUGGAGGUCAUGGUGGAGGGAAGUGUGCACAACCUUGCUCGUAGGCAUGAAGAUGAACCAUUUGUGUUGUAUACAGAGGUUAUCGAGGAGACCAUCAUUCGUGUUGAUGAGCAGCUUGAGAAGAAGACGACUGUCAUCGAGACCGAGCAGGCUUCCGAGGUUAAGAUGAGAGAGAAAGGCGAGGAAAGAAGAAAGGAAGAGAAGAGAGUCAGCUUUGCUGCAGAAGUUCAAGAAAAGACCAUGGAAGCCAUUGAUAAGAGCCUCGGAUUGGAUACUUCCAUGGAGGUCGAACCCGCCUUCCAGAAACCGUCGAUCAUCAAAAAGCCAAUGAAGAAGGAAAGAGAACGUCGUAGCAGAGAUCUUCGUCAAAAUGCUGCUCCAGCUUUCAAACCGGUUCGCCGAAACUCUCUUCUCCAGGCACUUGCAAUCGGAAGUCCUCAUAAUAUUCCUCACUUCAAGACGCUUGACGAUAUUGUGAAGGCUAUUAAGCAUGCUGGUCUUGAGUACUCCAAUUUGAUUUUUGGAAUUGAUUACACCAAGUCUAACUUCUAUCAAGGAGAACGAACAUUUGAUAAGAGACCACUUCACACUAUUGAUCCAGCUGAAAUGAAUCCAUAUCAACAGGUCAUUCAAAUUGUCGGAAAAACUCUUUCAUCUUUCGAUGCCGAUGGACAAAUUCCUGCCUACGGUUUUGGUGACGAAGAGUUCACGGAUCAUGGAAUCUUUAACAUUGCGGAAAGAUACGAUCUUGAAAAGGAUUGUAACGGAUUUGAAGAAGUACUUCGAGUUUACAACGAAGUUACCCCAACCAUCGAAAUGAGCGGACCAACUAACUUUGUGCCAUUGAUUGAUCGUGCAAUCGAAAUCUGUAAGGAAAAACAUUCCUAUCACAUUUUGGUUAUCGUUGCUGACGGACAGGUCACCAAUGAAAAGAUCAAUCAGAAGGCAAUCGCAGCCGCUUCACAUUAUCCAUUGAGUAUUAUCAUGGUUGGUGUUGGAGAUGGUCCAUGGAAUAUGAUGGGAAGAUUCGAUGAUAACAUUCCAAAGAGACUAUUUGAUAACUUCCAUUUCGUUGAUUUCCAUAAGGUAAUGUUCAAUGCACCAAAUGCCGACGCAUCUUUUGCAUUGAAUGCUUUAAUGGAAAUUCCGGAUCAAUACAAAGCCAUCAAAGAACUGGGACUUCUGAAACACAGUCGCCGUGGUUAACCUCUUUACUUCUACUACCUGUUACCUAGAUUUUAUAAUGUUUUUUUUUCAAAAUGUGAUGAUUCGUUUCCGCCGUUUGUUACAUUUGACCAUUUCUUAUAGCAAAAUUUCAUAUUUUUCCCAAAAGAAGACAACAAUACCUGUUGACUCCCAACACCCUUCCCCCCCAAUUCUUUCGCGAUUUUUCAUACGUUUUUUUAUUUCAAAAAUUCAAAUUUCAUUUAUGUGGAAUUGAACUCAUCAAAUCAAACGCAUUUUAAGAUAUAUAAUUAUUAUGAAUAAAAAUUUGUCGAACAUCAAAA